CUUGAUCGUGCACAUCAAUUGUUCGCGUAACCUUGAAAUAGCGUUUGUGUGUCAACUAUGAGAAAAAAAUGAUCAGUUUUAAAGUUUUGCUACUCUCACUGCUAACGGUGAUUCUAACGAAGCCAACAACUCAACUUCCGAAAGAUCCUCUUCCAGCGGUUGUGCAGCCACCCGAGACGAUCACUGAUAGCAAAGAAAACAACACUCAACCGAACGAUAAUACAAAAUCUAGCGAAAGCUUAGCGGAGGAAAUACGUUCCAAAGCCACAGGAUCCGAACAGAACAAAACAGAUGUGGCAAAGACUUUAAUCCAGCUGGGUAUCAACACAAAUAAAUCGAACAAUGCAUCCGAUCCAAAAGAACAGACGUUGAAAGAAGUACGUGAUCAGAUUCUCCAGAGUGCAAAUGAGGAAGAAAGUUUGUUGCAGCAAUUACGAGAAAGUGAUUUACUAAAUGCGUUCCACGAAGCGAUCGAUAAUAAUAUCAUCGAUCCAAGUUUUAUUGAAACGUUGGCCUCAGUUGAAGAACCACCACUGAUUACUAAUUACACCCGAGAUACUCUGCUAAUCAAGUCUAUACGAGAGGACGCUAAUUUCACUUUCGGAGAUCAUGUGUUUUCGUGGAAAACGUUGAAACAAUCCAACAAGUCUGGGCAUGUAGUCGUCGGUCUAAGUGAGAAGAGUAUUGUAAUUCUGUGCGAAGUUUCCGGGGAAUUUUUGUUGCAACAAGAGAUACCCAUGGAAACGGUACCUACUGCGUUUGAAGUGACCACAGUGUGGGAUGCAACCGAAGAAACAUCCGUGAGUUGUUUAGUCGUGGCCACUGAAAUGGUGUUGAUCUGGUACACAAUGAGAGCUAGGACCAACUUUGCUCUAGAAGAAGAGUGGCGAUGGCCAUUGCACAAGAUGACUACGUUGAUCAAGUUCAUGCGUCACAGAGACGUUGAUAUGAUGUUACUAGUAGGGAAUCAUCCGAACAAGCUGAAAACAGUUUCUGCCACUCUGUACGAAUUUAAUUUCCUUCGACAACAGUUUUGGUUAAUGCAGAAACUUAUCCUACAGUUCCCUUGUAAAUCGAUUGGCCUAGUCAAUGUUGGUAACGAGUUCUUGAUUGCGUUCCCCCAGAAUAACACCGCUAUGAUUUAUACAUUUGAAGUAGGAAAAGAUUACCGAAGCAAGUUCAAUCUAACGGCAAACUUUUCUUCGGAACAGGUCAACUCAGUGCAAGCUUUUCAAGUAGGACGAUUCGCGUAUAUUGCGAUCGGUGGCAAAUCACCGCAGAUAUUACGUUACUCGAACGGAAACUUCACCUCACAGUCCGUUCCGACUGAAGCAUUGGAAACCGUUGAGGCAUUCUUCGAGAUACCCACCCGAACCUAUCGCGACGAUUUGAUUCUGUUGGUUCAACAUCGAUUGGCUUUUUCAACGCAUGAAAUUCAGCGUUUGGAAGUCCUGGUGUGGAACGGGGAAUCCUUUGAUAUUCGUAGUAACAUUCCCUGCUACGUGGAAGAUGAACCGAUCGAUUUCGAAGUUUCCUGCAUGUUGGAUUUGCAUCAACCAACCGGAAUUGCCGGUUCCACGAUCAUACAACGAGAAAAGCUAGUUUCUAUGAUAAUUCCGCGCUACAAAGCUCAUUCCAGUCUAUUUCAUAUCGAAAUCAGUAUGCUUUCCGGAGAGAAUCCUAUUACUAAAAAAGUGCAAGAAAUACACGACACGAUUGAUGCAUUUACCAAGAUUCUCGCUUAUCAGGACACCGUGAUUAAAGAAGCUAUGGAUAGAAUUGCUGCCGCGGAAAACCUACAAUCGGAAUUGUUGCUGGAAGACUGUAAACUAGAGAGCGUGGAAGCUGAGGCAGUCUACCUUAACGACGUUCGUUGGCCAGACGACAUGAUUACAAUCGGUGAUGUGCCCUGGACCUACGAAGACAGUACCGUUGAUAUUGCAGCGAUCGUUCGCGAAAUGGAAUACGAAGAAGCUCGUCUUCUCGAACUGGAACAAGAGCUGAGAACAACGAUCAGGAGAAACGAUCAUUCGUUUCCAAUCGAUAUGAACCAACCGCUGUACGUAGAGGGACGUUUGGAAGUCAUGGGCUCCUUGGUGACCGAUAAUUUGUACGUCGAUCGAUUGGAGGAUGGGCCGGUGCCAUCCUUGCAACAAAUGGAAACAUUAGAAGAGUUGCAUGUUGAAGAUCUGCAAGUUCGUCAUCUUAAUUUUGAGAAGUUCAAUGGUAUUCCAGCGAGUGAAUUGGUGUUCAAUCUGGAAGAUAAAAUAGUUCUGGACAAUAAGAUCAUUUUUGAAAAUACGGUGGUUGCUGAGAAUGUAAUUCUACCCGAGGGUGGAACAGUAAAUGGAAUUGAUUUGAGUGAGUCGAUAGUGUACUUCAACGACGAGAACCGUGUUUGGAAAAACCUAGCGUUUGACCAACUGGAAGUUUCGGGCGAUGUUAUAGUGAACGAUUUGAUUAACGGGCGUAAGUUUGACAUGGAAGAAAUCAACACCAAGCUCCACGAGAUGGCCUCACAGCCGACAGAUGUCCUAACGGCUGAUACUCUGGUGUUGAAUGGUAGCUUGAAUUUCAAAACCAUCAACGGAAUGCCUUGGAACGAGAUUGUUCAGAAUAUUAUUCUUAAAAACAAUUUGAAUGGGACAGUGAAGCUGAACAUCGAAGGCAACUUGAUUCUCGAACAUCCGAAUAUUUCCGUAUCACAUCUCAACGAGCUGGCCUUUCCGGAUGACUAUCUGCUAUCCAAUGCCCCAACGGUCUCGAUCGUGACCGGUCACAAACGGUUCAUCAAUACAACUUACGUUAACACGUUGGACGUCGGUGAAACGGUGAACGGCAUCGAUUUGAAGCAAAUCAUCACACUGCAUGAUGAUCAACACAUUCCAGGCAAUGUGACCAUCGGUGAGUUGCAUGUGCUUGAUCAACUCGACAUACGAGGUACUAUCAAGGGCGAUCAGUUGGAUCAGUUGCUUCAUAGUCCGACGUUGCUGGAAGCAAAACACAUCAAAGCCGGCUGCCACUUCCGGAAACUGGUCGUUGAUGGACCGGUAAUUAUUGAAGAAGUGGACGGAAAGAAUCUGGAUGAAAUGCUUAGCGAUGUGGUGUACGAUACCGAGCGUAAUGUGGAAAUUGUGGGUCAAAAACGGUUCAAUUCGGUCGAAUUCCUCAAUGGCGUUACCAUCCAGUCCGGUAUGAUCAACGAUGUCAAGUUGGAUAGUUUCAUUACUCGCAGCACGGAACAGACACUUUCGGUUGAGGAGAUAAGUGGCGAUAUAUUCUUCAAAAACCUAACCCUGGAUGGGCUGUUUUUCGGCUUGAAUGCUACACGGUUGGACAAAGAAUCGAUCAAACUAUUCGGCGAUCAGCAUACCGAGGCAACAUUAGUUUUUGAAAAUCCCCCCGACUCUUCGCGUCCGGAUAUUGAGGCCAACGAGCUAAGAAUUGGAAAAAUGUUAAAUUCUAAAACAAGAUCCGAGUAUUUGGACAGCGACCAGGACGAACUGAUAUUCAGUGGUAAUUUGACACUACCACAUUGGAAUGUUGAUACGUUGCACCUGAUUGCAUCCAGCAUCGAUGGUCCAUCGAAAAUGAUCAACAAUGUCCAUCUGCCAACGUUCGAUAGUGUACGGUUUAGUUUGACAAGACCGCAGCAGAUUGACGUACCGUUCUACAUAGACAAGUUAACGGUAACCAAAGAAGCGUAUGCGUUAUUCAUCAACGGGGUAGACGUUCGCUAUCUAAAGAAAAACAUGCAAACGAUUCGGAACCUCAAGAAUAACGUUCUGGAUGAGGACAUCUACAUUGAAAAUUUGUUCAUAGAAGGAGAUCUCAAAGUUAACAUGCUGAAUGGCAUCAACUUUGACCAGCUACUAGAUGACGUAAUUUGGUUGAACCGUCCGAAUCGGAUUCCCGGUACGGUGAUUUUCGAAGAUCCGUUGUAUUUUGGCGGUGACCUAACGGUCCUAGGACUGGUUAAUCAAGUGAACUUCACCGAAUUUCUGGAAGACGUAGUAUUGAAGUCCGAUGAGGUGGUGGAGUUCUUUGCUCCCAUGAUAUUCGAAAAUGGCUUGGUGGUCGAAGGGAACCUGGAUACGCCAAGGAUAAACGAUAUUUGCGUAAAAGACCUUAUUUUGAAGAACCAAACGGUUUUCCUUAGUGGAGAUGUGGAAAUAGUUGGAACACUGUAUGUCGAACAUCUCCUGGUUGGCGAUCGAUUUAACGGUCAGCCUAUCCAGGAUCUGCUGCAGAUGUACGAAUAUGACGCAACACGAGAUGUGCAUGUGAUCAAAAAUGAUAUGUACUUCGGUAACGUGUCCAUCGAAUCAUUGGAUAUAAGCGGCGGGUUCAAUGAAAUUCCAAACAUAGAACACCACCUGAGUUCGUUGAUCCGGAAGAAUCAAGAUUAUAACUUUACCGAGCCGAUCGUUUUCAAGAAAGAAGUAAUAUUCGAGCGUGGCUUAUUUAUUGACGUGCUAGAUGGAAUGGAUGUAUCGAAUCUGCAGCAUGAAAUCUUUCUUACCGACCAAGAAACCCCUGUGGAGUUCCACGGAGAUGUGGUCAUCUUGGGACCGACAUACAUAGAAACGCUGACCGUCGGUGGGGAUCUGAUUACGCCAAAUAUCAAUGGUUUCGAUCCAGAUUUUUUACUUAAGAACGCGGUGAUGAUAAACGAAGAUGCCAAAUUUCAUGGGAGGACUAUUUUUGCACCGGGAACAUUCGAUACACAACAUAUCCGGGCAGAUUACAUCAACGGUUUGCCGGUAAAUAAGCUAAUUACCUUGAAUACCGAUCAGGCAAUCGACGGUACUUUGUAUGUUGAAAAGUUGACGAUUACUCAGCCAUUGGAGGUCGGUGGACUGAUCAACGGAAUCAGUUUUCCCCUUGAACGAGAAAACACAUUGAUGACUUACGGCACCCAAAACAAUCGUCCUCCAACGGUUCCCGAUUCGACCCAAGUAAAGAAAUCGUUCGGAGAACCGGUAGAAAAAAAGCUGCAGGACUUUCAGUCGGAGUUGCGAUCGGUCUGCUCUAGAACGCACGAUUUGCUAAACAAGACUAAAAGUCGUGUGUACUUCUUCAAUUACUUCGUCCAACGACAGGUCAUUGAUGAGCACAAAGCAAUAAAAUCUUUCUAUUUUUUCGAUCAUAUCGGUUAUCAUUUCCUAGCAGUGAACUUCGAAUGCAUUAGUCAUUUCUAUCAAUGGGAUCCGACGGGAGAAAUGUUUGUUCGUUUGUACGAAUUUCACACUGGACCGGUGCGGGAAUGGAAAACAGUGAUUAUUAGUGAUCUAGCGAUAUUCUUAGUGACUCUAUCUUCGAAUGAAGGAACCACAUGUCAAUCAUAUGGCGUUAACGUGUGGUUGUUCACAGGGGAACAACUGAAACGUACUUGGCAUACCGUUGAGUCACUUCCGAUUCAAGCAAUCGGUUGUGAUCCACAUAAAUCGGAAAGUUUCUUCGUGUUAAAGAAAAACCAAAUGACGGAAUACAACGUUAAUGGAAAGAUUUUGGUGCAAUGGAAACUACCGGACAGCAGGCUUGAUUACCGGUUUCUUCCCCACGAAGCUGGACUUGGUCUGGCUCUCAGUAAUGGCACACAUCUUGUAUUGUUGUCGACCCUGAACAAAAGUAAGGCAACUAGUCGAACUAAACGAAACAAUAGAGAAACCGUUGGAAUGGCUUUGUUCUCUUCACAAGCUAUGUAUGAUCGGAUGCACAGAAACUACUCAUCGCAAAGUACACGCCACUCAAGAGAUAAAUCGUGGAUCAUUACUGAUAUGUUCCAACCAGACUUUGUUAUUGAGAAAGAACCACACACGUCAUUCGACGUUCUACCGUAUCACAAAACUACACUCAACCAUUCGACAUCAGCAGAGUCCUCGUUUGUGGAAGCUAAACAAUCCAGAGAGAUGCUGCGGGACGGCAUCGAGACGACAGAAAAUAAAAGGUUCUCCGGACGAAUCAAUGGGGACAUAGUGGCCUUCCGAGUAGGGCCAUCAAACAUGACACGCCAUCUGGUAGCCGUUUCUACGGUUGUGGAUAAUGUCAUCGAAGGCAGCCAUGAUGCUAUCAAAAUCUACCUGGACAUACUGAACGGACAGCUUUACCAGGUGCUCCGCUGCCGCGAACCGUCGGGUUUAAGUGUGCUAGAACUGCGGGAUGAGACCAUUCUAGCCUUCAUAGAAUCACGCCAAACCGUACAGAUCUAUACCUAUCAGGACGUCGCUGGAUUCGUGCCAACCAGCAGCUUUCGAUUGACAGCCAGCGCGAUUCAGAUGACCGGCAUUUCGCUCCCACUGCCAAAUCAAUUCAUGUGCCCCGUGCAUUAUCUGGCAAUUGCCACUGAACAGCAGAAGCUGGCACUACUGAAAGCCAAAACGCAAGGCAAUUGUGGGUUAGAAGUGGAUCUGGACUGUGAUUUUGAAAAUUAGGGUAAGCUUGAAUGUAUUUUCAUUGUUUUAAUGAAUUGUUUCUGGUAUAAUAAGUGUGGAAUUGUAUGAACAUUUUCGGCUGUGUGAUAGAAAUUGUAGGUAUUUUUUAUCCAUUCAUGUACAGCCUCGAAUUAACAAUACACUGCCUAUCAACUAAGCAGAAGCUGUUAGCUAUGACAUGU